AUGUCUGAUCUAAAUGAAAUAUAUGAUUUGAUUCGUAAUGCAGAACAAUUGACCCAAAGAAAUGAUCUACUUGGUGCAUUAAAAAAAUAUCGUGAAGUAGAAACAACUAUUGGCUCUUGUAAAAGAAAACAAAAACUACAAGGAAAUUCAGAUCUUGAUGAGAGUGUAAUUGAGGCGAUUGAAUUAUUACAAGAAGAUAUCUCAUUGAGAAUUCGAGAAAUCGAAAGUUUGACAGGAAAUCAAAGGCCAAUUAGUGUAGGUAAUAAUUCUAAAGCCAUGUCAUUAUUGAAUUCAUGGCUGCCGAAUAAUAAUAAUUCAAUAAUAAAUGGGAUUGACUUCAAUAAAAGUUCGAUGGUUACUGAUCCACUUUUAAUUUCUAUUAUCGACAAAUUAAAAAUUAAUAUUUUAAUGAAAUUAAAUGAUGAAUUAGAAGGUGAAAAGACAGAGGCAGGAAGUAGAGAAUUUAAUAUAACUCAGCAAUUUAAUCAAUUUAAUAAGGAAUUACUGAUGUAUGAACAAAAAAAAUUUAAUGAGUAUAAUUUAAAUCUUGAACAAUUGGCUAAAGAAAAUAGAAAAUUAUCAAAGCAAAUAAUAAAGCUCAAAGAACGGUGGGAUAGUUUGGUGGCUAGUGCAAAAGAAAAAAGAAAUCGCCAGUUAGGUGAAUGA